UUCUCGACUCGCUCUUGGAUCUGUAAAACUAAAAAUGGAUGCGGGGAUUGAGAAGGAGUGCAGCGCCCUGGGAGGACUUUUCCAAACAAUUAUGAACGAUAUGAAGUCUAGUUAUCCAGCCUGGGAGGAUUUUAUUUCCAAAGGAACCAAACUUCAGUCUCAGCUGAGGACAACACUGUUGGUGACAAGCUCAUUUCUAGAUGCUUUCCAGAAAGUAGCAGACUUGGCCACAAGUACUCGAGGGGCAACAAAAGAAAUUGGUUCAGCUCUAACUCGAAUGUGCAUGAGGCAUCGAAGCAUAGAAUCUAAACUGAAGCUUUUCACAAGUGCUUUAACAGACAGUUUGAUAAACCCAUUGGAGCAAAAGAUUGAGGAGUGGAAAAAGGUUGCUAGCCAGCUGGAUAAGGAUCAUGCAAAGGAGUAUAAGAAGGCACGAGCUGAUAUCAAGAAAAAAUCUUCUGACACCAUAAAGCUUCAGAAGAAAGUGAGAAAAGGCAAAGAUGAUGCUCGUCUGCAGCUAGACAGUGCCUUGCAAGACGUCAAUGACAAAUACAUGCUGUUAGAAGAAACAGAGAAGCGUGCUGUAUGUCGGGCUUUGAUUGAGGAGCGUAGCCGUUUUUGCUCAUUUGUCUCCAUGUUGAGGCCUGUGCUGGAUGAGGAGAUUGGAAUGCUGGGAGAAGUGACACACCUUCAGUCCAUAUUGGAAGAUCUUACAACCUUAACACUAGAGCCUAACAAAUUGCCCCCAGCGAGUGAGCAGGUUAUCUUGGACCUGAAAGGUUCAGAUUAUAACUACACCUACCAAACCCCGCCAGCAUCCCCAGGCAGUACCAUAUCCCGAAAAGGCAGCAUCAGCAGUAACUAUCAAAAUGCCUCUAUGCGGCAUGUUCCUUCUUUGGAUUCUAUCUCAAGCUCCACAGAAGCACUUCAUCUUCGACCGCCAUCAGCUGUGAUUCCUGAUGGUGUGAGUCAGAGGUCAGCCAGCUCCCUUUCGUCAGAGACCUCUGAACCUUGCCUGUCGCCCACUGAGCACGGUGGCUCUCCUUCUUCAAUGAGUUCGAGUCCAGCCAUGGGGCCUGGCAUGGUGGCGCUUAGCAAGGAGCAAAUGGUGGUGAUGAUAAGUAAUCUUCCUCAGAAGUUAGGGACUGAUUAUCCUAGUACUGAAAAUGGAAUGGUGAUGCCUCCUCCACAGAAUGCCUAUACACAAGCCAGUGACCGUCACAGAAUUAUGAACACCUCUGUGGUGGGAAAGCCGCCAACGGCCAGAGAACACCUAGCUCUUGCUUUGGGACAAGGUCUCAAUUCAGAGGUGUCACGCUGCAGCCGCGACUCCCUUCAUUGUUCCAGUGGGUAUAGUACUCAAACGACAACACCAUCAUGUUCAGAGGACACAAUCCCUUCUCAUGCUCUAAAGAAAGAUUCAUCUCUUCAUGUUGCAGAUUACGACUACAUCUCUCUACACGGGGUGGAAGAAGUACCAGAUCAUUCUGAUUUUGACAAGUCAUCUACCAUCCCACGUAACAGUGAUAUAAGCCUCAACUACCGCAAGAUGUUCCAAGCUAAGCGACCAGCCUCUACUGUCAGUCUUCUUGCUGAUCCCGAACCUUUUGUACGCCCUUCCCAUGUUGCAACUAUUCGCCGCAAGCCUUCAACCAAGCCCACUUUCCGACGUGGCACAAUCAGUGGGGGUGUACCAAUCCCUAUUUCCACCCCACAGGUGCCCAUAAAGGCAUCACAUUUUUCUGGAACUGAAAAGAAUGUUAUUGGUGCUGGGCGUACUGGCAGUGAAGAGUAUGUUGGCACGCCUGUGGGGCAGGUAGAGCUUGUGCACGCUAAGCAGAACUUGUGCACAUCAACACAGAGUCUGAGUGCAAUCAGCACCCCUUAUUGCUCUUUUAUACCAAGCCAGAUGCACGGGAGCACUGACCAGCUGUUUAGUGGUAGUCGACCAUCUUCCUAUCUGCCACCACAGCGCCACUUACCAGUGAGGUCUCCAACUACAACUAGCAUCAGUGAGAACAGGUGCUUUGAGUUAUUAGAGGCAAGCCACACACAGUCUCUUCCCACACAGUCUUUGGUGGGCCAGGAAGAACCAGCAGAUAGUGGUGAUAUGCUGACCAUGAUCCGUCGUGGUGUCCGGCUAAGGAAAACAAUCACUAAUGACCGCUCAGCACCACUGAUCAACCUUGGACCCCAGGCUAAUUGAGUAGAUGUGAGUUUAACUGAAAGACGCACAUUAAACACAUGCUGUUUUGAUUUAAAAAGUUUUCAUUUUUUUUCUCGUUCUCAGCAGUGAUUACUUUAUAAAAGCUGAAAUGAAAACUACAAAACAUAGUGGGGAGAGGUUUUUCUUUUAGUCUAAUAUUUAAUUUUUUUUUCUGGCAGUAUAAAGCAAUUUGCUGUGAAAUGUCAAAGUAAAAUAAUUACCUGAUUUCCAGUGUAAAAUUCUAUGUUUAUAUUAUUGCAAAGAAAAAAACUUGCUUACUUAGACCAUUGUCUUAAAAUAAUUUUAGUUGUAGGAGCAUUUGUACAUAUUAGUUUAUUACUUUAUGUGCUGAAUUUAAAUUUAUAAUUUUUGUUAUUUUCCUCUUAGUGCCAUUUUUUUUUGUAUUCAACUCUGCAGCACUGGUAUCCUCUAAUUGCUGAGUCGCUUGCCUCUAGAAUACUUGUAUUAUAAAAUAAUAAUGAGAAAGAUCCUGGAGAACAUGAAACUGAACAAAACAAACUAUGCUAGUAGGAAACGAGUAGGUAGUUGGAUGUGGAAGCCCACAUUAUGGCUUUUAAACACCAUACAGUGCUUGAAAGUUAUAUGGCUCUAUGAACUUGAUUCUGAUUUGUGACAGGAAGAGGAAUGUUUGACAAUCGAUAUAAUUGACAGCUACAUAUCGGCACCUCCCUGCACUCCUUCCCCAGUCAAAUUUUUACUUUGCAUUUUUUGAUGAAGGUUUGGUCAUCCUAUCUUUUAUAUUAUAAUAUAUACUCCCUUCUGAGCAUUGUGGUUUUGGUGACCUUUCAAAAUUCUAAUCACUACCACCACAUAGAGGUAGGUGCUAAAGAGGUUUUGGGAAAAGGGAUGUAAUAGAAGGGAUUCAGCCGUACAACAAAGUGAACUCUUCACCAAGCUGCAGUGUACUUAUCUCAUCUUUGUGUUAUCCUUUUUCUUGUUAUACAUACUUUGUCAUCCAUUACUUGUUUAUCUGACUGUAAUAGUCUUAUUACAUUUAUUAAUCUCUCCUUUCUACUUGUAGUCAUGGCAUAUAUUCUAUAGGUUACUCUUUGUGUCCUAGACAUUUUAUUUUUGUAGCAUUCACAUGUUGUCCUCCCGUUAUUUUUAUUAAUCUGUCAACCACUUUCCCAGAAGUCCACAGACGUUCAUUUCCAAAUGGUCCUCAUCUAUUUUUAAGCUCAUUUGUCGUAUUCAUUAGCAUUUGAGCUGUGCUCAUUUUGUAGUGAAGAAGAGUUUGUGUAUAGAAACCAAAGAAGUGGGUUAUAGACUAUCUAUUAUCUUAUAUUUUUCAAUCAAGGAGCCUGUGACUUAGUGAAACUAUUUUGUCUUUAGUUUGCAGAACAGAUUUUGGCUCUCUCCCUUUACUACUGGUUUGAUGAAAUCUAGAAGAUAAAACACAAGUCUGAAUAAUUUACAGUUUAUUGAAACAUGAAAGAUUUAUACAGUAUCAAUGUUCAUGCCUGCUAUCAAAGGUGGCUGUUCUCAUUAGGCUUGACCCAUCAACUCACCUUUUAGCAACAAAUGCACAAGUUCUGCUAAGAGCUCCAAAGCACAGUUUCUAGCAAUUUAGUUGAACUGUAACGUACACCAGUGACCAAAAAACAUGCUUACCUUAAGUUUUGGCAUAUUUGUCACCAGCAGGUAAUUAACCCUUUACGGAGAAAUGGGAAGUGUUUACUUUUUAACCUUUGUCCUAUAUAAAUUCAUAAUUUGAUAACUCAGAAGGGAGAAUGGCCAGCCAACUUGCAGAAAUUUGACUUGGGGUUAUUGCACUAAAACGUUCCUCACAUUGCUUUUGAAAUUUCACUUACAUUUGAACAUUGGUUUGCAUGAGGUUACUAAGAUAGACCUUCAGGUUUUGUGUUUAUUUUAUUUUAUUUUUUGUCUUAUUCUGGAAUAGAAAUGCUAGAUACAAGAAAACAAACUGCCUAAUUAAAGCCUUUAGACCAUUCAUUUGGGAAGCCCAGCUGGUCUGGGCAUUAGCAUAUUAGAGCAAUGUUUUCUGGUGAAGGUGGUCUUGAUAUUUAUUCUCAGGUUAAAUGCGGCACAAAACAGUUAUAUAGAAAUAGGCAUAUUUUGAGAAGUUUCCAGUCUUUGAUCAAAUUCCUGCAUGUACUUAAGUAUACCGAUUGAGUUCAAAAUCAAGGUUUUCUGGAUCAAGCAAGAGAUAAUUUCUAUUCAGGGAUUUCUACCAUGUAGAUGCCCAGUUAGAAACAGCAUUUCCUUGUGUCCAAAUAAAAUAUUGCACAUUGCUGAGUAACAGGGAGAAGAAUAAUCCCACUCAGACUAGCAGGAAGUGCACAGAUGUGAUGCACAGCUCAGAACAAGUUAGGAGAUAAUUUUGCCUUGGAGGUACCUCAGUAAGAAUGAGUAGAAAGUAUUUAAAGUGGGAUUAGUUGCAAUUAUUUAACACUGACUGAGAGUUUAGAGAAAAGCUGAUUUACCUCCAUUUUUACUUUACUGUUGUUGCAACAAAAGUAGAUGACCUUUCCAAUUCACAUAAUAAGCAAUGUUAUUUAUUUUAGUAAGUUUUCACAAAAAAAAACAAAUCAGCUUUUCAGAUAUUUGUCCACAUUUAUUUUCCUUGAAUUCCAUUUCUUAUAGAGUGAUAUAGGGGAUCAGAUUUGUGGUCUGUUCAUUUGAAGGCAUUCCUUUCGCUUUGCAGUCAUUGUUUAUUUUUUCCCCCUGUAUUGGUUUCAUUUGAGGUUUGAUCUUGGCCUUGCCAGCCCAGUACGUGUAACAGUUUUUGGAUGAUAAGUUUCAUUACUUGGGAAUGCAGGGUUUGAGGGAUGGCUGAGUUUGACAUUUAAGAUAAAUUAACCUAAAUUUGCUUUUUCUGAAAUGUGAAUGGGCCUUAUUGCCAUUUAUAAUCCGCGGAAUACAUUUUGCCAUUCUUGGAAUACAUUGAAGCAAUUUCUUAUGUUUUGGGAGUUUUGGUUUUAAAAAUUGUAAACUUUAGAAGCUUUUGUAUUUGUAUUCAAACAGAAAUAUGACGAAAGGGCCAAUGCUUGUAUAAAAAUGAAAACUACAGCAACCCUCGUCUGUUAAGAAGUGAAGCUUUUGAACCAGUCUGACAUCUCAGCAUUCAUUCAACAAUCUUGGAAUUUAUCAGCUGUAUACAGAGUUGCAGUCUUCACCAUUAUAAUAAACUAAUGGAUGGGUGGGGGUGGGGCGUGAUUUCUGACAGGGUGAUGCUUUUUUUAUAGUUUACAUGUUCAUCUUCUGAAAUGCCAGCUACCAAAGGUUUAUUUUGAGGUUUGCAGAAAAGAAAGUCUUUAAUGUUUUAUUAUAAGUAAAAAAUAUAUAAAUAUAUAUAUACAUAUAUAUAUAUAUUACAAAGGAGGAGUUUGGUUUCGUCCAUAAGAGUGCUUUGUUAUGCGGCUACAGUGUUGCAGGCUCAGCCUGCCCAAGUAUUGAAAUGCCGUUUCUUUCGAAAACCUAUGUAUACUCCUUGUAAGAGAGUUGAUCUCUCGACUGUAAAUUUUAUUUUCAUUGUACAUUAUAAGGAUGUUUAAAUUUUGUCUUUGUGUAGUGAAGCUGCAGCCUUAAAUUAAAGGAAUAUGGGGAAAAUCA